AGAUGAUUGAACAUUCUGUCACACAGAUCCCUCUCGUCAACCAGACAACCUACAAGCAUAUACACGCGGACACACACAUACACACUCCUGACCAAACGACCAUAAUACCCUUUUUGGAUUUCAACUAUUACACUUCUUGUUUUCUAAUUCCUACUUGUACUUCUCUGUAUUGAUGACUGGAAUUGAAGAAGCCCAAGGGAUUGCUGUGUGGGAAUCGAAGAGAUGCUGAUAUCGGAAUGUGGCUUGGAAGAAUCAGAGGCAUUCACUUUGGAGCGGACUACGCGAGGCGCUGAACGGGUUUGCUUGUGGAAAUCUCGUUCUCGGUCUUUGAUUCUGUGUGUUUAAUAAAUUCGUGAUAAGGGUUUAGCAAAAUAUCGGAUUUUGGAUUUGGGUUUUGUUGAUUCCCGGGUUUUUUUUUAUUCCAUUGUUUUGUUUUUUGUUUCAAUGAGUAUGUGGGUUUUUGAUUUGAGGUGAUAUACGGAAAUCGGUGAUUAGAGACGUGUGGUUUAUUGCACCUAUUGUCGUUUGUGCAUUCAAUUCUCGGAGAUUAUAGCAGAUUUCAAACCUAUUUUUUGGUGAUGUUGGUUCGAGUUUAAGAGUGAUGAAGUGGUACAAAUAUUUGUUAGAUUCUUUUUGGAAUUGAAUUCAUUAGUGGAUUGUGGUACUGGAGAGGUUUUGUUGAUACUGCAGCGAGAUUGUUGUUUUACGAGUUGUGAGUUCGGUUAUCUUCUACUAGGUUCCUGGAGAAUUGUUUCAUCUCUUAGUCUGGGGAUUGGAGUGAUUUUGUUGAUUCCAGGGGGCAGACUCUUGUGUUGCAUGUUGUUUGUUUGGUUGUCAUUUGAGUGUCAUUAUGUCGGGUGGGACGCCGGUUGGCGGCGGAUAUAUGAGGCAGAGGCACAGCCAGGGGUAUGCAUCAAGUGGUGAUGACCUUGAGGAUGACGCAUGCUCGAGGUCACGUCCUACAUCACCUGCAAGUGUGAGAAGACGGACGUGGAUUGAGAUUUUGGAGAAUUUGCUUUGGCUUGCUUCGGCAGCUUUCAUUAUAUACUAUGGUGAUCGCCACUCCAAUUUGAUAUAUCUCCUGUGGCAUGAUGAGCGAAUCAGAAGAAUGCCUUUGUACCUUGGGAUGGUGGGUCUUGGUUUGAAUGCUCUCAUCUUCUUUUAUUCAAGUAUGUCAGUUGGGAGUGUCAGGAGGUUUGAUGAGAAAUGGGAACUGACAAGUAUAUCUGCUUUGCCAUUCGUUACCCUUCUUGGACUUGUCUCCUUUUGCUUGUUCUCUUUUGCUUUAUGGCCAAUAUGGAGUUUCCUGACUCUUCCUCUUCUGUUUACACUGUUUAUGGCUUGCAUGGUUACAUUUCCCUACAUUUUGAUUGGGACAUUCAGGCCUCAAGAUGAUAUCUUACGUACAGAUUAAGCCUCCUGGGAUGCAAGCAAGAAACAAUACUGACAUAGAUGAAGAGUUGCUAACUGAAAUUUGGGACGUUGGUAGCAGGGCCUAUAGAUUGAAGUUUUGUCUUCCUUUCUGAUUUUGGCCAUUUUGGUGCUAAUGAUGGUAAAGUUGAUUGUUUUUUAAUCAGUCGGCUUUUAUUUUACCUAUCAACGUUACCUUGAUGAUUGAUACACACUGAUGAUAUAGUCUCACGUCAAUUUCUUUUGUAUACCCAGAACUAAAGGUCUCAUUGAAAUGAAAUUAGUUUUGUAUUGAUUAGAUGCCAGUGAGUCAUGCUAUAGUCACAUCUUUGGGAUAAUUAUUCA